GACCCCACUGGUAAGCAAAUUAUCGACGUGAUGUGAGGGUCUCAGCUGAUGGGGUAGCAAGAUCACGGCCGGUGGUGAUACUUGGAAUGAGUCUCCUUCAUUCUAGGGGAUGGGUGUCACAGCGAGUGUCUGCUUGUCAGCAACUUCUGCGAUUUGCACUCCAGGUUGUGUUCCACCUGCAGUGUUGCAAAUCGGAGUUGAGUUAGGGCUUUUGUGGUCUUUUCUGAUUGCGUUCACUGCGAUCCCUCAUCCCGUCUGUUACCAUCAAUUUCCAGCUGGCAGACUUUUGUUGUGAAGCAACGGCUGGUUGUUUGAUUCUGCCACUCUAACCCUGAGCAAUUGCACUGGGUUAGGUUGAAUUUGGCUUUUUCUUGCCAUUUGUGCCUGACAGUUUAAGUGCAUCUUGUAGCAUUAGAAGAUCGAGUUUCUUUUGGAGCAGGGUAAUUGGUCAACCCUGCCGAACCACGACGAAGCGGGCCGAAUUUGGAAAUAAGGUGUCGGAUGUCAAAGCUGGAUAAGCUGAAGUUAGCUUCAAAGAAAAGUCUCUCUUGCUUUCUCCCACACAGCAUGGCGGAUACAACCCGUGUCCCAUUUGUUGAAUCGGAACCGCCUGACGACGUGCAUAGACCUAUUGGCAUCGACACUGCUCCUAAGGAGGAUGCGCACAAGGAAGCCAAUAAAGGAAAAGCACCAGAUUCGAAGCAUGAUUUCAGUGGCAAUGCUCAACCGGCUCAAGAAAAUUUGGGGAGAGAAAUGGUAAUCUGCGCAGUAUCCCCUUUGAAGAGCAAGGAUCCCCCCAAGCCAAUCGAAGAGGAAGAGAUUCUAGAGAUAAAAACCCCUGGGUUUGUGCGCCUGUUUGGGACGUGUGACAGCUGUGAGGAUAGCGACCAUAGCAUCAGACAUGAAGCUCACGCUACCUCCUCCGACACAAGUGAUGACGAAUAUCCUUCUUCGCCUGCACAUCAGCCUCCUCACAUGACCCCGGUUGUACAUCUAAGGGUUCCCAUGAAAGAUGAUCACGAUGUCCGAAAGGUCGUAGCUGCACUUCAGAUUAAAGGAGUACUAGACAUCGCUUGCGAUCUUGCGAACCAGGUUGUGAAGGUAACCGGGAGUGCUGACCCAGAUCGUCUCCUCAAGAAGGUCAAGAGAGUGAAGCGCAAGUCGAAGCUCAUCUUUUACACUAACCCACUUGAGGUUCCACCCAUCCCGGAGAACUUUCAUUCUUCACCACUCCCUACUUCACCUCCACCUCGACCUUCAUACGCCUUCCACCAUCCUUCCUAUGAAGAACGUUUCAGACCUCCCCAUUCUCCUAUCUUCACCAGAGAGUCCCAAGGCCCUUAUGGCCCUUACGGCCCUUCUUCUCAUUCUUCACGCCCUUCUGGUCGUCCGAUGCAUUACGAAGACGAAUCUUUCUACCAUCCUCGCAAUCCCCCCCCUAAUGUGAGACCUCCCCCUCCUCCCGUCUUCUACAGAGAUGAUUCCUUCUACCCUGAAUAUAUUCCGUCCAAUCUAAGAGCUCCCUGCAGUCCACCUCAUUACAGCAGUAGUUCCUUCCAUCGUGAACGUAGCCCACCUCAUUCACGGCACUCCACCAGUCCCCCACGCCGCAGAACCUACUACCACGAGCGAAGCACUCCCAAUUUUCGGCCUCCUUCGAUGCACCACCCGGGCGGCCCUCCAAAUUAUUACGGUAGCCAUCCAUGGAGCCAUGGAGUCCCAUACUGGAUGGACGCCCGGCCACCUAUGCCAGAGCGAAUGCAGCGUGUGUAUCGUUGAGCAUGUCACGAAGUGAGUUGAGGUACAGAAUUCACUUCUGAUAGAUGAAAUUGCAUAGUUUAUCAGCCAUAUAUAUGAACAGAUUAGUUAGUGUACAGAUUUCGAUACCUCAUCGCUUGCCUCCUGCACUGAUCGUGAACAAUCCUUAGUUGUGCCAAAUCUGUAUGUACAAUUCUAUCUGCAAAUGGUGAAUAAUCUUUCGAUCCUGGAAUUCGUGGAAAUAUCGUUGAGGAACUUUUGAGCAAAAUGUCUUGGAUGUUACAAGAUGGUGAGGUGUUCUUUGUUGCAAUGAGAGGAUUAGAACUUCUUGGACGUACUGAAAAGUAUGCGGAAAGCUAGCACUUUCACUCAGCCGAAGGAGCGACAACAAAGUAAAAGAACUAGACAAUAUCGUGUAUCCUCCUUCUGAACAAGGAAGGAGAGUGCAUAUUCUUCAUACAGAAACUUGGGUCGAAGUCUAAGAAUCAGAGCCUCCAAGUGUAAGCUUGAGCGCAUGAACUACAGCCUAAUGCUGGCGAACGUUCCCGUUAUGGACUUUUCUUCACCUAGAUCUAUUUACACCUUGCGGCCUUUACAUUCUCAAUGUGCCACCUUUGGGUUGGUGACGGUUUGCGCACAACGCGAAUGAGUUGCAACAUCAUGGAAGACAAACUUCUCAUUCACGGGUGAUUGAUAAUUUGGUUGCCUUCUGGCUCUUAAAGAUUCGAAGCAAAUCACUUUUGAGGCAGUUUGAUCGAUGCGGCAGUGUUAAGUGGUGGUGCUGACAUCCGGAAUUGGAAUGGUAUGAAGAGAUGCAAGCAAUCUAGGGUUUGUAGUAGACAGGGAAGUAGUGAAGGGAUUUGGUAAGUGUAGCGGUGACAUUGAGGAUGGAUUCUGUGCUGUCGAAUAGUAUACUGGUUGUGAGAUUUGGCUACGAUUUGGCGUCCACGAGUUGCGCCACUGCCUCAAGUGGUCUUGCAGUUUUGGAUUUAAAAGUUGCCAGCUCUCGGGCACUACUUCUGCCCAACUUCUUGGGGCUGAAAUGCGCACAUGGAAGGCAAUGCAUGUCCCGUGGUAGAUCCUCGAGUUUGAAGAGAGCAAUAAUGUUGAGAAGUUUCAAGAGGCGAGUAACGUCAAUUAAGGGCAGUGUUUUAGUUCACAUGACUUAGCUAUAAACGCACAGAAUUCAGGAUUUAGGUCUGGCCCGGAGAAGAAGCUGAUUCCUGCGGAAUUGGUAGCGAUGCCAAGCACGGAAGCUAGUGACGCAUCUCGAGAUCAACAAUCUGGAAGAGAUUGUAUGGACUUAAGUCGGUGGCCCGUGGCACGCUUUCCGUCCCGCGAUUGGCUCUUAUCGGAGACGAGAGCUACCGCACAAGAUAUCCAUCAAGCUAUCUCGAUGACAGGAGAAUUAGGUGAGGAUAACUAAGCAGGGAUUGACUGGGCUCACCAUCGUGUGAGUGCAAUAUGACCUCGAUCCGGGCGCGUCGGGAGGCUUACUUGCCGAGUUGGGCGAGAUAUCCCUGAUAGUGCUGAAAUUAUCCGUGACCUGGUCGCCGGUAGCGAUUCCUUGCUGUUUAUGGGACCUCCUGGUGCUGUCGAGACCAAUGCGAACAGGGAAGUUGCAAGUAUGUUGGCUAAUGAGUACCACAAGUGAUUCGUCAGUGUGGGCGCAUCGAAUGAGAUAGCAAGCAAUGGCGACAUUACUCACGCCGGCAUUGGUAUGGCUCGCCGUAAGCAAGUCCCCGAAGUUGGUCUACAACACAAUUUAGAUACCAAAAGAAACAGCCAUUAUUCUCAUUUCAGUGAUUGAUAUUGUCAUGUCGUCUUUGUGUUUUGACUUGCUGCUCAUGAACCACAGCUAAUUGCGCAUGCUUGCGAGUGAUGAUUGAAGCUGUGGAGACUAACAUGUCCUAAGUGAUUGUCAUUGACGAGAUUGAAACUGAGUUCAGAAGCACGAGCUGCGGGCACUGUAGCCUAAUGUGGUAUUAAGCUUGUGGUCACUGCACACGGUAUGACGACUGAUAAUUUAAUCAAGAAUUUUACACUUCAAAAUCUGGCCGGGGGCAUUAAGCUGCGCACAUUAGGAUUUGUUCUGCAUGUUCUCCUCUUGAUUGAAGUUUCACGAAUAAUCAUGCCAAUGCUCGUCUGAACAAUAUGCUGCUUGGAAGACUCCAAACAAAAUGCUUACAAGGUUGUUGAGAUGGUUGUAAAACUGGAGGUGGUCUAAAAAGUGCGAUUCUUGGUGAUAAGGAAGCACGGAGGUGAUAAGUGCAAAAGAGUGUGCUGGAACGGCAAGGACCGCUGGAGUUCUCAUCCGCUUGCGAAAUAAUCUUGAGAACCGAGUGGCGAGUGCACCACUGCUUGGCAGCUGCCGUGGAUGCGUUGCUUACUGGUAAAGCGCUGAGGGUAGGGGUACGCAACUUGAUUGAGAAUGGCAGUUGGUGGUGGAGAAUGUGUACAAGUACACCACACAAUCAAGUCCUGGCCGUCAUGAUUCUGGCUCAAGCUUCAAAUACGCGUCCGACUGGACUGAUAAGAGUGAGGAGGGCGAUUACGCAGGUAUGGAUUUCGGUGCAGACAGAGCAGCUGUGCAGGCGUAGGAGUGCUCCGAUUCUCCAGUAUCUACACAAGGUCACUUUCUUCGCCAUCAAGACCAACACAAGUGACCCAAAUGGUGAGGGCAAUGCAUGCAAUAAUGAGCAUGCAGGCAACAUUUCCCUUGACUCUGAUCACACACGAGGUGAUAAGGGAGGGAAACUAGAACUACCAAUCUACAAGCGGUCAAUCUCAGCCCAGGACAUUGAUGCUUUAGAGAGCGAAGGCUGGUGUUGACCUUCGGUGAAUAAACUGCAUGAUAUCUAGAAGGGGCAACUAAUUAUCAGUGGAGCAGAGAGUGAUUUCAAAUGGUCAAGCUGCCGAAUUCUUCCCUCAGUACUUCGAAUCCUUUCUUCACAAUCAGUGAGCAGGGGUCGGAUGAGGCAUUUGACGUUGAGGACAAAGGGUUCGAUUCCUAUGCAGAGGACCUGGAUGUGUCCGUUGUACGAGGCACAAGCCUUCCCCGACUACCCAUCCUAACCGGAGUGAGAAGAAUCUUCCAUCUCCAUGACUUGCAUAUACUUGUACAUUCUAGUAUGAAUUUGUCAGUGCUUUGGUCAGGCAACCCAGUUCUGCUGUCGGUAGGAAUUGUGGAAUCAUCGAGGACCAUCUGAAUUACAUACAUCUUAGCACAGAAACCAGGUUCAUGGAAUGCUUAUUGUUUUACAGUAUCUGAACAGCUGUGUUCAACCAUUACAUACUUACAAUGCUGAAGCUAUUAUUUUGUAAUAAAAUUUGGGUCUUUCCUUCAAA